GUUGACUCUGCAGUUGAGAAAUUGGAUCAGGCAGCCACUUUGAAACAUGUGGUUUUGUGCACCGAGGAGCAGUCCGAUGCUUUGCAGUUAAGUGGGGCCACUGUUUCUUCGAUUUUGUGGAUUGAACGUAGCCCCGGAGAAAGCGAAACUGAGUAUAUGUUGAGAGUCAGCAAAAUGACUCCCAAUCUCGGUGUCACUGUUGGACGCAACCAGCUUGGUUGCCGUUCCAAGCGUGAAGCAAAUGCAUUAGCGCAUCGGGUUUGGAUUGCUGAGAACUUCCCACCGUCGUGGGGCGCAGAUGUUGUUGAGAGCGCUUUGCACACUCCUUUUACUGAUGUUGAGAUGUUGAAGCAGCAGCGCAACAAGGGCCAAUCUGACUUUUAUUUCCGUGCUUCUUCAACUGGUGAUCGAGAUUUGGUGGCUAUUAAAGAAGAAGGUAAGGGGACGGCCACCUUUUGGGCCCGUUGGGCCCCUCCGAAGAAUCGGGUUGGGCCCACAAAGGAGGUGCGCAAUGAUUUUUCUAGGCCACUCACUGAGUCAGUCACAGGCAAGCUGAACACACUUCAAACUGUGGCGGACGCCAAAUCUACUCCAGGUGCUGGUGAAACACCGAAUAGCAAUGGUGAGCCUCCAAAAGGGCAGUCAGCUAACAAACGGGUCAGGGCAGCAGUUCGUGCCAUUCCACCCGGCACCAAGAUGGAGGUUGUGACUGGAGACGGCGGUUGUUUAUUUCAUGCUUUUAGUUUGGCCAUGGCCACGACUACUGGCAAGUCGGCUGCGAAUGCCCUGACAUUGCGCUCUGAAGCAGUUGCGCAUCUGAAGAAGCACAAGGAACGUUAUUUGAAUGACUGCGACGGCGUGGCGCCUUGUGGACGUCGACUCUGGAGCCAGGUUGAAAGUGUUGAGGCUAAAGGCACGGCUUUUGAUACUGAUUUGAAGGAAGUCUCCUCACCCACCGCAUGGUCUGGUGAGCUCGAAGCUUCAGCUUUGGCGCGGAAAUGCAAUAUCAAAGUUGUCAUUGUGCCAAAAAAAUUGGACUUUGUCCCUGCAGCGCUGCACAAUGUUGGUACGCACGUUAUCGCUUUGUGGUUCUUAGGCGCCCACUUUGACGCCCUGGUUCCCGAGUCCGGCAGUGAAUUGCCUGAAGAUGUGCGAGCCGUCGAAGAGGGAGGUGUGAUGCCGGGGGUGGGGCUCCGGGGUGGUGUUCGAGGCAAGGCUUGGGACGAUUGCUUCUGGUACUCUGCCUUCUGCAAUUUGCUGGGCUACGGCGGUGAGUCGUUGUGUGGCCUCCUCGUCAUCAAGCAUGAGUCGGAGUGUGUCUGCUGUGAGGUGUACCAAAUGUCUUGCUCUUUGUGCUCGGCGCUCCGCAUCAGCUUCGGCAUUGUGCUGCCGUUGUUGGGCUGCAGGGGGUGGACUUGUUUGGCUGAGGAGAUGGGCCCAUUCCCCGGCUUCGAACUGCUGAAUGCGGUUCCGCCAAUCUGCCUUGGGCAACAGUCGUUGGCCGGGCUGCCUUUGGAGCAACAUUCGCGGCAACAGGAGGAAGAGUUUCCAUGCCCGUGUGGUUUCGUGUUCGGUGGUGGCAUCAAGAAUUGCCGCGCACGCAGUGGACAGAGCUUGGCGGACACGGCCGCGGAGGAACUGCGGGGGUUAGGUUUGACUGUGGCGCCCUCGCGCUGCGUUGCUGGCCUCAUCGAAGUUUGCAAAGACUCCCUUGUACAAUCUCUUUUGGUCUUCAGCUUCUAUGGCUUUGCUAGCGACAUGCAGGCAACUGGCGAUCUUUUGCGACAAGUACUCGAAGUGGUGGAACAAAGCGCCUUUGAUUCCUUGUGGUCCCAAGAAGCGUUUGACCAUGCUUUGACUACUGGACAAUUUGAUGAAGCGUGGAGGUGUUGCCGCAUGCUGGCCGAGUCCGUGGCGAUCAGGUUGAAUCUUUUUCUCUUCGGCAGCUGCGACGAUUGCAUCGCCGUUUACUUCAGCUCCGGAGAGAUCCUUUUGAUGCUCGCCUUAGACAUGCUGCAGUCGAAUGUGUGGAUUCUUUGGUUUGUAGCACUGCUCAGACUGAAACUUCUGCGCGAAUUGAGCAAUGGAAACAUCGACUUGUGGCAGACCCUGGCAAGCAACUGGGGUGGAUCCAACGCAAAGCUGCUCCUGGUCCUGACGAUUGGCAGGCAGAGGGAUUGUGUCCUCAGCCAUUUCCUUGAUGGCAUUGAUGUGGACUUUGCCGAAAGGGUUUUAACUCAUCUCCAAGCACCUCCUGACCUUGGUGUAUUGCUGAAGUCCUUCUACGGGCAGGUGAUUGGAGUGGAUGCCAUUGCUUACAUUGAUGAUCGCACCUUGUGGUCUUUGAGCUCAACAGGUGAUCAGGUGCAGCUACUUUCCAAUGCCCUCGAACAAAGCCGCGCCUUUGACCUGGCUUUCGGCUUCAAGUGCGGCAACUUGAAGUGUUCGGUGGCCAGUGCUUCUGUAUCUGCGGAUGUUUGCGACUUGGCUGUGCGUUUGGAUUACAGGCUCACCACCACUUUGGAAGCGUUGGGAGUGGCUCAUGACUUGUGCUGCAUUUCCCGCAAAAACCUCUUCAAGUUUACUGCGCAGAAGGCGCAAGUGCGCCUCAAGUUUGUGAAGGCAGUGCCGGGUUCCAUGCGACAGGUUGAAGAACGACUUUUUGCCAAAGUCGUGCAUGAACGGCCUGCUGCUCCCUCUUCUUCAAUUUUUGUGCAUUUUGUAGCAGAUGUGACGCGAUUUCUUGAUCGUGCUCUGCAAGGUGAUAAACAUAUUUUUGUGGCCACAGAUGGAGCGGCCAAACAUGGUGUCGCUGCUUUCAGUGUGGUGAUCCCUUCAGUCAAUUUUGCGGCUGCCACAGGGCCGUCUGGCGAAGAUCAAACGCCCUUCCGCGCAGAACUUGAUGCCCUGGGUGUUGUUUGCAAGGCUGCAUGCGAUGGAAGCGCCGUGCAAGUGCUAUGGGACUACAUGUGUGAAUGUCGUGCUACUCGUAGCCUUGGGUCCAACUUGCAGUCCUGGCACGAUGCUCGUGUUGCUGCUA